AUGGCACGGUCAUUCCAAGCCAGGCAGAGGAGGUAUCCAUUCGCCAAAGGCCGUGGAAGAGGGUACUUUACCCGAAGGUCUCGUGGAAACAGAACCUCAAGCCAAGAUACCCACUAUAUUUCGUCACGGCCAUCUUACUCCAGGGCCACUUCGGUCGCAACCAGCAGAAAUCUCCAGAAUGAAAAUGAAAAUCUUCCCUCCAAUGCAUUGCCACAUAGUCAAGCUACCACCCAGGAGGAGCGAUUGGACGAUGACGAUGAGGAGCUUUGCAGGGUCGUCAUGGCCGUAGAUAUGAAGGACCGAGGAACAAUUGGCUGCAGUUAUUAUUCCGCUCAGGAAGAAAAAAUAUACGUCAUGGAGGAUAUUGUCUAUGGUGGGCAUGAUGUUAUUGACAUCUUAAAACUAGAAAUUGAACCCACAGUGCUGCUGCUGUCUCUGCGGGCUGAUCAGGGGUUAGAAGACCCUACAAACGCAGGAAGCACAAGUCAUGCUACCUCUGACGCCGACUCGCAUCUCCAGCUACCAUACCUGCUAGACGUGCGUCCAACCCAAGAGUUUGGAUUUGAAAAUGCAAAGAUGAAACUCGCAGCUUUCAAAUUCAACUCCGAGUCUAAUGAAACGUUUAAGUUUCUUAUACCGGGGACAGGCUUCUCUCAUGACGGUAAUGUUACAGGGGAAAAUAUUGACUUCACAGAACAGCAAGGCGAUUUAUUGAACAUCGGUGGGGUUAUUGAUAUGGAAAACCGUCUAUCCGUCGGUUGUGCAGGAGCGAUCCUCACAGAUACCCUGUCUUCCCUUCAAAUACUACAGUCCGAGUCCCAUCCAAACGCCUUCAAUCAAGGCCCAGGCAAAACGUCAUCAGGGUCCAAGGAAGGGUUAUCUAUAUAUGGUCUCUUCCACCAUUUUGCAAGAACACCCCAAGGGAAACGCUUGCUAAAGCAGGUUUUUCUUCGCCCAAGUACUGAUCCCACCGUAAUUGGCCAGAGACAUGAAUUCCUCAGUGUCUUUUUACGGUCGGAAAAUGACCCCUCCCUCGGACAACUUGUCAAAAGCUUGAAGAAUAUUAAGAAUAUGAGACCAGUUAUGGUUCAUCUGCGAAAAGGAAUUAGUACUGGAAGUGCGAAGUUCAGAGGGUUUAAAGGUGUAGUGUGGUCCAGUCUACUUGAUUUUGCGUUUCAUGCCAUUGAUGUUAAUCAAGCUUUGAAGGAGGUUACUGGAGUUCAAGCACUAGACGUUUGCAUGAAGGUUGACCUUUCUCUUUCUGUCGAGGAGCAUCGCACAGUGGUUCGACCUGGAAUUGAUCAGGAACUGGACAAUCUGAAGGAGAUCUAUAGCGGCAUGGAUAGCUUGCUCAACCAGGUCGCUAUCAAUAUUGCCACAUCCCUCCCAGAGAGCAUAACUAAGGAGAUCAAUGUCGUUUAUUUCCCACAGCUUGGCUUCAAUAUUGCCAUGCCAUUUGACGAUAGGGGUAUACCCAUGUAUGGUCCAAACGACGAGGACUGGACUCAGGUAUUCAACACGGAAAAUAGAGCUUAUUUUAAAGACUCAAGAAUGCGUGAAAUGGAUGUGAAACUCGGUGAUAUAUACGGAUUGAUCUGUGAGAAGGAAAUAGAAAUCGUUUAUAAACUUGCACAAGAUAUCUUGACAUACGAGAAGAUGCUCGUUGAAGCGUCUGAUAUAUGUGGGGAGAUUGAUAGUCAUAUGCUCCAUGAAGCGACAGUGUCAUCAUUUGUACCCAAUGAUACAUUCAUUGUCGGCGGGAAAGGGCCCAUGGAGGAUACCCCAAAUGAUCUGCCCCCUAAUACUGGCCCACAUCCUGCAGGAGAUACAGCUCAGGGGCCAAGCAUGCUCCUGUUGACCGGUCCAAAUUUCUCAGGGAAGAGCGUCUACCUCAGCCAGGUUGCUAUUAUUGUUUAUAUGGCUCAUAUUGGAAGGUUAAUACCAAUUCUCAGCUACUAUCCUUCAAAAGUCUAA